GGGGAAGAGAACAGAGGGAGAAAUUGAGGGCCCUAACCAGCAGGGUGGAAGAUCCCAGGCCUUUCUGCCCACAGAGCUGGAUCAGAGACAGACAGAUACUCACCAGCCUGCACACCUUCUCCUGCCUCUCCCUGAUAUACAAAAAAACAAACCACAGGAGCACCAGGAACCAUCAAUCAAUAUUUGUCCAAGGCAUGAAUGAGUAAAGGCAAGGGAAGGGGUGUGUUCUGUGCACCCAUCCUCACCGACCACACCUCUGCAGUCCCUGCUGGAUAAAACCUCUUCCUCCUGUGGCUGUGGCCCAGAAGGAGUCAGCAGGCCUGUGGCAGUGACCUCGUGCGCCCGGCUGCAGAGCAGAGCCAUGCCCAGGUACACAGUGCAUGUGCGAGGGGAAUGGCUGGCCGUGCCCUGCCAGGAUGCGAGGCUUACUGUGGGCUGGCUGGGCCGCGAGGCUGUGCGGCGCUACAUGAAGAACAAGCCGGACAACGGCGGCUUUGCCUCGGUGGAUGACGUCCGCUUCCUCGUGCGCCAGUGCAAGGGCCUGGGCUUGCUGGACAGCGAGGACUUGCUGGAGGUGGCCCUGGAGGACAAUGAGUUUGUGGAAGUGGUCAUAGAAGGCGAUGUGAUGUCACCAGACUUCAUUCCUUCUCAACCAGAAGGAGUUUACCUAUACAGCAAGUACCGGGAACCUGAAAAGUAUAUCGAUUUAGAUGGGGACAACCUGACCACGGAAGACCUGGUCAACUUGGGAAAGGGACACUACAAAAUAAAGCUCACUCCAGUUGCUGAGCAAAAGGUACGGCAGUCCAGGGAAGUCAUAGACAAGAUCAUAGAGGAAAAAACAGUUGUUUAUGGCAUUACUACAGGUUUUGGGAAAUUUGCCAGAACUGUAAUUCCUGUCAAUAAACUACAGGAACUUCAGGUCAACUUAGUUCGCUCCCACUCUGCAGGAGUUGGGAAGCCGUUCAGCCCUGAAAGGUGUCGGAUGCUUUUGGCACUAAGGAUCAAUGUCUUAGCCAAAGGAUACAGUGGCAUUUCCCUGGAGACCCUCCAACAAGUUAUUGAAAUAUUCAAUGCCUCCUGCCUGUCCUACGUCCCGGAGAAAGGAACCGUUGGUGCCAGUGGAGAUCUUGCCCCACUCGCUCAUCUUGCUCUUGGGCUUAUUGGAGAAGGGAAGAUGUGGUCUCCAAAGAGCGGCUGGGCAGACGCCAAAUACGUCCUGCAAGCCCAUGAUCUGAAACCAAUUGUUUUGAAACCAAAAGAGGGCUUGGCGCUCAUCAAUGGGACACAGAUGAUCACGUCCCUGGGCUGUGAAGCUGUCGAGAGAGCCAGUGCCAUCGCCCGGCAGGCUGACAUCGUGGCAGCCCUAACCCUUGAGGUGCUGAAGGGCACCACCAAAGCCUUCGAUACUGACAUCCACGCUGUUCGGCCCCAUCGUGGGCAAAUCGAGGUUGCUUUUCGAUUUCGGUCACUUUUGGACUCGGAUCACCACCCAUCGGAGAUAGCAGAGAGUCACAGGUUCUGCGACCGUGUUCAGGAUGCAUACACCUUGCGCUGCUGUCCCCAGGUCCAUGGUGUGGUGAAUGACACAAUAGCAUUUGUGAAAGACAUUAUUACCACAGAACUGAAUAGUGCCACAGAUAAUCCUAUGGUCUUUGCCAGCAGGGGAGAGACAAUUUCUGGAGGAAACUUCCACGGUGAAUACCCAGCCAAAGCCCUGGACUAUUUGGCCAUUGGCGUCCAUGAACUUGCCGCGAUUAGCGAAAGAAGAAUUGAAAGGCUCUGUAAUCCCUCGCUCAGCGAGCUGCCCGCCUUCCUGGUGGCCGAGGGCGGGCUCAACUCCGGGUUCAUGAUUGCGCACUGCACCGCCGCCGCCCUGGUUUCUGAGAGCAAGGCCCUGUGCCACCCCUCGUCUGUGGACUCACUCUCCACCAGCGCUGCCACGGAGGACCACGUCUCCAUGGGCGGGUGGGCAGCCAGGAAGGCCCUCAGGGUCAUCGAGCAUGUGGAGCAUGUCCUGGCCAUUGAGCUUCUUGCAGCCUGCCAGGGCAUAGAGUUUCUACGCCCCCUGAAAACAACCACUCCCCUGGAGAAGGUCUAUGACCUGGUGCGCUCUGUUGUAAGGCCCUGGAUAAAGGACCGCUUCAUGGCCCCGGACAUUGAGGCCGCACACAGGCUGCUCCUCGAGCAGAAGGUGUGGGAUGUAGCAUCGCCAUACAUUGAAAAAUACAGAAUGGAGCAUAUUCCAGAAUCAAGGCCUCUGUCUCCAACAGCCUUUUCACUGCAAUUUCUACACCAGAAGGCCACGAAAAUCCCAGAGACGGAGGAACUUUAGUGGGCUUUGUCGUGGGUUAGUUCAGAUGGUGUCCAGCUGAACACAAAGUAGUUCUGUGCUGAGAGAGAGAGCUGGGAGCUCUCCUAGGCAGGUGCAGUUCCCUCCUAACUCAGUUAGGACGGGAGCAGUCGUGUAACUGCUCAAUCCAGCACUGUGUUCUUGUUCCACAGCUUGAGGUGCGCUGGGUGUUUGGGGGCUACAGAAGUUUUCUUUCUUUCUUAAAAGCAUCAACAUAACCACAAUUGCAUUAGAUGGUUUUUAACUCUUAGCAUUCGAUGAACUCAAAUUUGGAAGCAGAUUGGCAGAGUUCUUUUCCAAAAAGUCAAAUUUUGUGGACAUUACUUUUUUAUUUGCUUUGAGAAGCUCCUCCGUAUUUGACUUUCUCUGGCUGGUUGUACUAUGACAAAUGUUCUUUAAUGUGCAUUCAUAAAUAACCAUUUUAAGUCACAAUUUGUUCUUAAGCUACUCUUUCUUCUGUUAGUUGAUUCACAGUACAGAAUAGCCAAUAGGUCUUAAACCAUUAAGUACAAAGGCAUUAACACCCAAGAAGUCUUAUGUAGAAAGGAAUAAGGAGUGAACAUAGAGGUUUUGCAAUCUGGUGGUCCUUGAAUUGUGUCUUUCACACUUAGCAAUAUCACUACACAAAUUUCCUAUAUAUGUUUGGUGAUAUGCCCAAGCUGGAGUUUGGGGUUAGUAUUUAUCACUUCCUGUGUGUUAGUACUCUAUUCACACGUGUAUGGUAACCCUGCUAAAAGGCCUCAUCUCAUAGAUAAGCGACCUCUGGGUAUUGACCAGCCCCAUCCCUGUUGUGGUAAUCAUUAAAAUGAGCCUUAUUGACACAAGUUAGAUGGAUCUGAGGAAGUAUUACCCAAUCUGUGUUUUUCUCCCAAGAAGAUAAAGGACCCUCUGGGAAGGCUUAGUGUAACUGGCCAGAGGGCAAUGGGCCGGAUGUCCUCUUGCCUUCCCAAGGCUGAGUGUGUGAUCCUGCACCUAUCUGUACAGUAGUGUG